AUGCCUGAAGCCUUCUUUCGGAGGCUUUGUGGUUGCGUUGGACAUUUGGACAUGGCUAUGGUUGCAAGCAUAGCCAAUGGUGCAACUGGCACCCAGCUCCGUAGGCGGGUGGCCAGCUUCCUUCACGCGAUGCGAACCUUCAUGCGAUAUCCCUUGGUGGCCAUGAAUGUCUUGGUGCGGGGCAUAGCAGUGGGGUCGGCAGCAGUGUUGACGAUAUCCAAGACAUCCAAGACAUCCAGUCGACAUCCAGUCGACAUCCAGUCGUCCAAUCGACCAUGGCGACACGGCAGCAUGGGAACUGGAGAUGAGGCUCCGGCGCCGCCCGACGAGCCCGCCAGCGCGGCGGCGGUCGAGGGCGAGGGCACAGCGGGCACGGUACCGGAGCGGUUGAUCCCAUGGUCUCCGGGCAUUGAAAAACCCUUGCAGUACCGUGAGGUUCUGCUGCUCUUGGACGAAUUCCUGUACCGGGGUGAGGUGCAUGACUUUACGACUGCGCAGCAAAGUUUCCAGCGUAUCGCAGCAUCCCUGGUGGCAGAGGACUUGGACGCCAUCAUCCCUCCGUGUUUGGAGGUGUUGGAGAUGGGGAACCGUUACAUUCGCAACGACACCUUGCUCUGUGUGUUGCAUGUGUCCAUGGGCUGCAUGACCCCUGAUGCCCGGAGCCCCGAUGAACGUCCAGUCCAUGUGUUGCCUGGUCAUACACAUGACCAGCAGCCAUUGCUAUCCCAGUGGUCGCCACAGCCACGGCCGCGCUUCCGCGAGGCGCCUUUGAAAGAUCUGGGUUUGGCCAUGCGAAGUCACCGGGCCACUGAUGGAUUUCUGCCCGCAGCAUCGGUCCAACAAGAACAAAAGCCCACUGCAGUGGCCCCGUCGGUUGCGCGGCCUGCUCUGCUCGUUUUCGACAUGGUGAAGGUGACCGUGGGGAAGGCUGAAGACCCUUGGUGCGAGAUCGAGCUCACUGAGGAAGACGUGGAGGAUUGGAAGAAGGGUGUGGAUAUCACCGAGGAGAAGUUCAAAGAGGUCAUUCAGCUGCCACCCAUCACCCUGGAGAACUGCCACGAACGUGAGGAUGGCGACCUGCAGUGGGAUGAGAUCACCUUUGAAGAGGAGGUCAAUGGAAAGUAUUGGCACGCGGUCAUCAUGGCAUUGCACCGGAUUCGGGAGGAUUUUGUGAAGAAGCAGCGCAAGAUGAAGCAUCUCGACUGGUACAUGACAACGAAAAAAACCAGUGACAAGAGGAAUGCCAAGUACUACGUUUGA